AUGUUCAUUAAGAAGGUCAAGAAAGGAAUCCAUCAACGUGAAGAUGGCCAUUAUGAAAUACCCCUACCUUUCAAACAUGACGAAGUGAAGCUGCCCAAUAACAAAAGUCAGGCAUUGAGCCGUCUUUCGAAGCUGAAACAACGAUUCCUGAGAGACAAGAAAUAUCAAACGGACUACCUGAUAUUUAUGAAUGGAAUCAUUGCUAGUAACUACGCCGAACUUGUUCCUCAGGAAGAGAUGGAAUUGGACGACGGUCGAAUUUGGUAUCUACCGCACCAUGGUGUCUAUCAUCAUAGAAAACCUGACAAGAUAAGAGUAGUCUUUGACUGUAGUGCUGUAUACAAAGGACAAUCCCUAAAUCAAAAUCUAUUACAAGGACCUGACCUUACAAACAGUCUGCUGGGCGUUCUUUGUCGUUUCCGCCAAGAUAACACUGCUUUCAUGUGCGAUCUCGAGGCUAUGUUUCACCAAGUGAUGGUGAAUGUCAACGAUCGAAAUUUCCUUCAUUUCCUAUGGUGGAAGGAUGGUGAUUUGGACAACGAACCAAUUGUGUACCGAAUGACAGCGCACUUAUUUGGAGCAACUUCAUCACCUGGUUGCGCCAACGUUGGUCUAAAGACGACAGCCGAUGACUACGAAAGAGAAUGUGGUAGCCAAGCAGCCAAUUUUGUGAGAGAUAAUUUUUAUGUUGACGACAGAUUAAAGUCUGUUUCCACGCCCACCGAUGCUAUCGAUCUAAUCCAGAAGACCAAAAUGCUAUGCAAGAAAGGAGGCUUUCGUUUUCACAAGAUAAUCUCAAACAGUAAGGAAGUCAUUGAAGCAAUUCCCCCCGAACAACGUGCGAAAGGCAUUCAAGACCUGGAUCCAACUUGUGAUGCCCUUCCAAUUGAGAGAGCCCUGGGAGUCCAAUGGUACGUGGAAACUGAUACUCUUAAAUUUCGGAUUGAAUUGGCUGACCGACCACUUACAAGAAGAGGCAUCUUGUCAACAGUGAGUUCUGUGUUUGACCCCUUGGGAGUCCUUGCUCCGUUCGUGCUAAUUGGAAAGAGAAUCCUUCAAGAGUUAUGUAGAGAUGGAGCGAAUUGUGAUGACAAGAUUCCAGAUUAUCUGUUGUCGAGAUGGGAAAGAUGGAGAAACGAUGUAGUACUCUUAGCAAAACUAAGUAUCCCUCGUUGCUAUGUACCAGUCGACUUUGGAGAAAUCAAAGUAGUGGAAAUGCAUAAUUUCUCGGACGCAAGUGAAAUUGGUUACGGACAGUGUUCCUAUUUGAGGCUCGUUGAUCAUCUGGGUCAGAUUCAUUGUUCGUUGGUGUUGGCGAAAUCUCGAGUGGCACCGUUGAAGCUUGUAACAAUUCCUUGUUUAGAGCUUACUGCUGCGUUGGUGACGGCGAAAGUCGGGGUGUUAUUGAAAAGGAAGUUAGAGUACGAGCAAGUCAAUGAGUUCUUUUGGUCUGACAGUAAAGUCGUACUUGGGUACAUUUUCAACAGUGCGCGUCGUUUCCAUGUCUUCGUCGCAAACAGAAUUGAACAGAUUCGUGACCUUACUUCACUUGCUCAAUGGAGAUAUGUAGAGUCGAAAGAAAAUCCAGCUGAUUAUGCUUCCCGUGGUCUUUACGCCCAAGACUUAAUUGACAAGAAAGAGUGGUGGCAUGGACCCGAUUUCCUUUGGACCAAUUUUGACACACAGGGAGGUGUAAUCGAGAACGCAGUCGCUGUUUCUCCAGAUGACCCCGAAGUGAGAAAGAGUUCCACACUUGUCACUGAGGUCAAGGAACUAGCAGACAUUGAAGAACGUUUGCGUCGUUUUUCCAGUUGGAAUCAAGCUAAGAGAGCUAUUUCGUUUUGUCUUCGUCUUAGAAAGAGACUUAUAAAUCAGCUGCAUCAGAAGAGUUCGUCAGCCUCCGAUGGUAACAAGCCGGAGCGGAAAGAAAUCGAAGAUGACGGACAAACAAAUCCCAUUAGUAAAGAUUUGAAACAGCUAGUGAAUAAAAGCAUCAAGGCUACCAGGCAAGAAAAGUUGUCCUACAAGCCAGUAAACGUCGAUGAACUCCAGGAUGCUGAAAGUGAAAUCAUCAGGAUUGUUCAGAACAAAGCAUUCGACAAUGAGAUUGUUUUAUUACGUCAUCAGGAUCCACAGAACAUAACCCCUCCCUCCGGAGAUGUUCGAAACCAAGUCAGAAAAACUGUGAAAAAAUCGAGUUCAAUUUAUCAACUAGAUCCGUUCCUUGGUAAGGAUGGUAUUCUGCGUGUGGGUGGCCGAAUCAGACGUGCAAGUAUUCCUGAGAACGUUAAGCACCCAUGUAUCCUUCCAAGAAAAGGCCAUGUGACCGAGUUAGUUAUCUGUCACCAUCAUCAGAAGGUUGCACACCAAGGGUUCAGUAUCUGGUUAACAAGUUUUGUUAACGUUGGAGAAACGAAUUUAUUCAAUCCUUACAAGUACGGCAAAAAUGGAUGCGUCCCCGAAAGAAUCUUAAGAUUGGAGAUGUGGUCAUUGUAA